AUGAAGUACGUUGUCUUCGCCUCUUUGUUGGCUUUGGCCACUGGACUCGUCAUCCCAGUCGUUCCAAAGACUCCAGAAGCAAUCACCGAGUAUGUCAACUCUAAGCAGUCUCUCUGGAAGGCCGAGAUUCCAAAGCACAUUACCAUCGAGCAGGUCAAGAAGCGUCUCAUGAGAACCGAAUUCGUUGCCCCACACACCCCAGAUGUUGAGGUCAUCAAGCACGACAUCCAAGAGGAUACCAUCCCAGAUACCUUCGAUGCUCGCACUCAAUGGCCAAGCUGUGUGUCCAUCAACAACAUUCGUGAUCAAUCCGAUUGUGGAUCCUGCUGGGCUUUCGCUGCCGCCGAAGCUGCUUCUGACCGUUUCUGCAUCGCCUCCAAUGGAGCCGUCAACACCCUUCUCUCUGCCGAAGACGUCCUUUCUUGCUGCUCCAACUGUGGAUACGGAUGCGAAGGAGGAUACCCAAUCAACGCCUGGAAGUACCUUGUCAAGAGCGGAUUCUGUACCGGAGGAUCCUACGUAUCCCAAUUCGGAUGCAAGCCAUAUUCCCUUGCUCCAUGCGGUGAGACUGUUGGAAACACCACCUGGCCAGACUGCCCACAAGACGGAUACAACACUCCAUCAUGUGUGAACAAGUGCACCAACAACAACUACAACAUCGCCUACAAGGAUGACAAGCACUUCGGAAGCACCGCUUACGCUGUCGGAAAGAAGGUCGCCCAGAUCCAAGCUGAGAUUCUUGCUCAUGGACCAGUCGAGGCUGCAUUCACCGUCUACGAGGAUUUCUACCAAUACAAGAGCGGAGUUUACGUUCACACCACUGGACAAGAGCUCGGAGGACAUGCCAUCAGAAUUCUCGGAUGGGGAACUGACAACGGAACUCCAUACUGGCUUGUUGCCAACUCAUGGAACGUCAACUGGGGAGAGAACGGAUACUUCCGUAUCAUCCGAGGAACCAACGAGUGCGGAAUUGAGCAUGCCGUUGUUGGAGGAGUCCCAAAGGUCUAA